AUGGGCGCUCGCGCUGCAUCUUUCACUCCGUGGGGGGGGGGGGAGUUCCCGAGCUCCUCUAUCUACAACAAUUUCGAUUACCUCGUAAACAGAGUUAUAAAACAGGACGUGCCGGACGAGGUUUUAGCUAGAAUCCCAUGGAUCCUAUGGUUCCUGUCGAAAGCACGCAACAGCAAAGUCUUCGAAGGAAAGGACUCAACGCCACUGGAUGUUCUCCAGUCAGCGACGUCGGAUGAUGCUAGUUGGAGCUUGGCUCACGUUGUUCCAGAGAAGCGGGAGGUGGAUGAUAGAACCCCCUUACCCAUACUACAAGCAUCACCAUCAUUGCGACCGUGUUACAGGUUUGACGAAUCUUGGAAAGAUGAUGACGCUCGGUACGGUGGUGGCUUCGUGUUGGAGAAGGAGGAUGGGAUCACAAUAUUUGGUUCAUUUGCUAGUGACCGAGUAUUGUCCCCCCUACACGCCGAGUUUAACACUCUACUCUGGGCCAUGAAAUCCUCACUACUUCUCGGUCACGUCUCGAUGGCGUUUGAAUCAGAUUGCCUGCAACUGGUUAAGCUAAUCGAGGAAGAAGAAGAAUGA